CAAAAAUAUUGUAUGAAGUAGAAAGUUUCAUAAAUAUCUCCAGAUAAAUUAUAUACUUGUUUAUAUAAAAAGAAAAAUGAAUAAUAAUAAUAAGGGCGCUUAAAAUCUCCAAUUUCAACAUAAAAUAAGUUAAGAAAUAAUUGUUAUAGUAAUUAGUUACUUAGUUUCCAGUAACAGAAAUAGUGGAGGGAACCAAAAAAUAGAAGCUAAAAAGUUAAAACCUGCAAGUGGGAAGGAUUCAAAAGAUGUUAAUAGUGUAUUAUUUUAGAAAACACAUACACGUUAAAAUAGUAAAUUAGCUGAAACGAAGGAGAAUUCUUAAAAUCUGUCAACAAGUGCUCUAUCUAUGUUAAUAAAAAUAAAAUAAGAUAAAAGUGAAAAUAAUCAAUCUUAAAUAUAAUAAACAAAAGAUCUUAACAAUUCAUAAAAUAUUUAGAAAAAAUAUUAAAAAUUAAUGGAAAUGACGAAAUAAUAAUGAUAAUAAAACAAAAAUUAUUCAAGG